GCAAAGUCCCCCAACCAGUGUUGUAAAUUAUCCCUGAGAAGCCCUGAGGGGAGUGGAUAAUAAGAUAUUUACAAUUUAAAAUUACAAUUUACAAUCAGCCAGUUACAAUAUUUGGAAAUUCAUAUUUAGUUUUACAUGAAUCUGUGUCUUUUUCUUUAUAGUUAAGCCCCACUCUAGGUCUUCUAGCCCUUCGAAUGUUCGAGAUGACAUGGUCUUGCGAGGCAACAGUUUACUUCAGCCUACAGGGGCGCAACAUGACAACAGAGGUUUCAAGACUGUCCCUAACAGACAGAAGAUAGCUGCUGGUCCUAAACGCAGCCUCUUAUCUGCAGAGUUAUUUGAAGACCCAGGUGCUAAUGUUGGGGACGGCUUCAAAGUGGGGCAUACACCAACAGAUUCCUCAUUAUUAGUCGAAGCUGGCACUGUUCAUUCACACUCUAACGUGAUAGAGAAGCCUGCGAUAGUACCACACCCUAAUACAGGGACUGUGCCAUCAGGAAAAGGACAGCACGCGUUGCUACCUCAAAAGCCACCUAGGAAUCCGGUCGGGAGUUACAGCUUGGUAGGGAUACCGGUAGCCGGAAGUCAAAUGGAGGUUUCUGUUGAGCCUGUUGAGGUCAAAAUCGCUGUUGGUCCUCCUCAAGUGAAAAAUACUGGUAAUUCUGUGGAGGGUAAAAGUACUGGUCCUCCUAAGGAACCCUCGUAUGAGUUAGUUGGACAUUGGGGACAGCCAGUGAAAAAGGAGUCACCUCCUUCUGUGCAUGCGUACAGUAGAAACACUGAGUUAGAAGUCAAAAAUGGAACUAAAGGAGCACCACAUGGCUCACCACGCCCACCACCUAAAGGAGACAGGGAGAAACCAACUACUGAGGGUGGCAUUUCGCCCGAUCGAGAGGGGGCUCAUGAAGUGUUGCUUGGAAUAGGUAACAAAACACUCCAUAUCCUCAGUCCUACAGCUCUUUCUUUUAAGGUUGCUACACACUAGACGACAUGUCGCUACACACUAGACGACAUGUCGCUGCAGCACUUCGCGGCGACUAAUCGCUCCGUGUGUACGGGUCGUAUGAUAAGUUGCUGCAACAAGUUGCCUGACAAGUUGCAGCGACAAAUCUUUUUGUGUGUACUGGAGAAUUUUUGUGAAAAUCUUUGUCUCAGCAACAGAAUUUUGUCGCUGCAACAACUUGCACGUAUUUAAUCUGAUUUGCUUUUGUGCGACUCGUUGCGGAGACAAAGAUUUUCGCAAAAAUUCUCCAGUAGACACGAAGCGAUUUGCCGCUGCGAAGUGUUGCUGCAACUUGUUGCCUAGUGAUUUCUGGUCUUUACAGCAAGAACCUGUUAUUUAAAUCAGCUCCUGUUUCCAGACAAUUUUGUUAUAAGCUUCUCGCUUCCCUCGAUGUGAUGCUCGCAGUGCAGGAAGCCCCAGCUACUGUGACUACCGUACUGUUGAGUGCCGGAAGUAAUUUUGUAAUUGCCUUAAGCUGUGGAUUGGCCAAAAAAAUCUCGCGCCACUUUCUCAACCAAUGAGAAAUAAAUCAAAACCAAUUUUGAUUUGCUCACACCCGCUUUCCCGCGCCCUGUAGUGAUUGGUUAAUUUGAGUAUCUGUGCCUGUUGUGAUUGGCCAGAAUAAUGACUUGGGAAUACGUGACAGUAUCAUCGUGACCGCCACCCUGACACUGUACGUGUAACAACAGACGAUGACGUGAUGUGUCACUUUUUUCUUCAGAUCUUUAUGCUACUGUGGCUCCAAGGCCGCACGGUCAGAGGGACACCAAGGGUAGCAACAGUCCUAACCAGUCCUCCAAGUCUACGGACUCAUCUUCAAAGCCUCGUAACCACAGAUUACUGGUGAGUUGUCCAGUCCCAAGAGUGGCUGACCAACAUCAAUAUCCUCCUAACAAUUUCAAUUCAUCA